AUGGCCUGGCGAUCCACGCUACUGUUCGUCUGUCUACCAACAGUAGUGUUGUCAAUGGUAAUUUGGCCCGAUUUGGUGUACAACGAGACCAAGCUCAAAAUGCCAAAGCCCACCACUUGGAAAGAGAAGAACCUGGGGCAAUGGUGCCGUAACUUCACAGUUAAUCAACAUACACAAUGUCGGGAGGCAUCAGCUUUUCACCAGUACAACUGUUGCGGGGUGCACAACACUGACUGUUGCUUUGCAAUCCAAGGAUGGGUAAGUUGUAAUUACUUUUCGCAAUUUCCUCUCCCACAGGAACUAGUUGGGAAAACAAAAACAUUCCACUGA